AACUUGAAAUCUGCUGCCGUCUGAUUCGCGAACCCGUCAGCCAAUAAUGAGUCGGGAACAAAUGAUACGUCAUUCGCGGAACUCAUGUCUCCUAGAAUGAGAUAACUUCUAUCUUGUGCAAGUCGCAGCACCAGACACGGCCCAGACGCGACAGAUCUCUUAACAACCGUUCUUCCCGCCCACGAUUCGCAGAAGGAACAUCAAGAGGAGAAAUGGAACUGGUGUGGUGUGAGCCCCUGCCACACACUGUAUAGUGCGGCCCCUGCAUAACGUAGAUGUAAGGAGCUGCUACUUAGGGACGAUAACAUGGUGUGUACAGCUGGACAGAGAGGGCUUUGAAAAGAUAUGGAAUUUCAGUUACUUACGAGGUAACGAGUCUCUGAAGCAGGUACUCUUAUCCCCGUGUGAUGGAAGAAAAAAGUGUUCAGAUCAGCGAGUUGAAAGAAGGCAGACAAGAAGACUUACUGGCAAAGCCAUGUGAUGAUCACGCCAAACCCAGUGGACAAGAUGAAGUGCUCACCACCUUACACGAUGGCACCAGAACGUCCAAACGUCCGCGAGUGAUGCAAGAGCUGCCGAACCCUGGCGUCUCGAAAGACGACGAGGAAUACUUCAUGCGUAAUACUAAGCGUGGUUUGGCUCUCGUCUUCAACCAUUAUGAGUUCGACAUCCGUGAGUACAAAGACGGCGAGUUGUACAGGCCGCCGAAAAGGAAAGGAACCAGCCGAGACAAAGACGCAGUCUUGGAGACUUUUAGCAAACUCGGCUUCGAAGUCAUACCUCACGACGAUAAGCGUUACGAGGAAAUAAAGGAGAUACUGGCAGAAGUGGCUCAGCAGGACCACAGCGAGCACGACUGCCUGGCGGUGAUCGUGCUGACGCACGGCGAGCGCGGCGACAGACUGGAUGCGAAGGACGGGGAGUACGACGCCAGGAGGCUGUGGGAGCCCUUCAUAGCCAGCAGGUGUCGCACUCUCGCUGGCAAGCCCAAGCUCUUCUUCAUUCAGGCGUGCAAAGGUCGAACCAGGGACGUUGGCGCCAUUGUCCGAAACUCCAUCAGUGACUCAACAGAUGCUGCUCCAGUUGUCUCAGUCAGCUUCCAGGUGCCAUCGUUCGCUGACUUCCUCAUCGCCUACUCCACAUUCGAAGGUAUGUACUCCUUCCGCCAUCUCACUAAAGGCUCGUGGUUCAUCCAGACGCUGUGUACUCAGCUGAGAGAGCAUGCGGGCGACAAGGACGUUGUGUCGCUGCUAACCGACGUCAACCGCAUCGUGGGCCAGGACAACCGCUCCACCGACCCGUCCGAGCCGUGUAUGGACGGCUUGGUGCAGGGUCCCUGUUUCAUCUCCUCCCUCACACGCCGGGUACACCUGUGGCCGCCUGUUGUAGCUGCCCCGGACGCCUUGCCUAAUGUGGAAUAACUCUAACUUCCAUCUUUUCUUUCGUCUGAUUUUCUUGGAACUAAGUGUUUAACUUAAAUAAAAAUUUCUGAUUAUA